AGAACAAGAUGGCAAAACUUUCCAAAGAAAACCUGCUGCUCUUGUUCACUGUUCUUGGAGUUGUCGUCGGAAUUGGACUGGGAUUCUCGUUGCGAGACCCAAGCAAAGCUUGGUCAAAGCGUCACCUAUCUUACCUCCGAUUUCCGGGAGAUCUAUUUGUUCAGAUGCUAAAAAUGCUCAUUCUUCCUAUGAUCAUGUCAAGUAUUAUUACGAGUUUGGCCUCAUUGGAUUCUGGAACUGCAGGAAGAUUAGGAAUGGUGUCUAUGAUUUAUUACACGUUGACCACAUUUUUUGCUGUAUUUCUUGGAAUCGUAUUAGUGUCCGUCAUCAAACCAGGAAAAUGGACCACAACUAACAUUGAAGAUCUUGUUGGACACGUAAAAACCACACCCUGUGUUGCUACCGCCGUGGAUACUAUCAUUGAUCUUAUGAAGAGUUGUUUCCCUGAAAACCUGAUAGAGGCUACAUUCCGAUCGCAGAAAAUCUGCCUGAAGUUCUUCAAUGGGACAACUGAGAUACCACCGGAAAUUGCCAUGACUAUGUCUCCCGAACAACGCGCCCAGUUCACUGAAGUUCCGGAGAAGAUCGUGUCUGAUGGUAUGAAUAUUCUUGGACUCGUUGUUUUCAGUGUUGCUCUUGGAAUCGUGAUUGGAGUAAUUGGAGAGGACGGAAAACCAAUGAAGAAUUUCUUCAAAAGUUUAGAGGCUUGCAGUAUGAAACUAAUCGGAUGGGUCAUUAUCUACUCACCAGUUGGAAUAACAUUCCUUAUCGCUGCCCAAAUUGUUGGAAUGAAAGAUCCAGGACAAGAGUUGCAUCGUUUGAUGGGUUAUGUGAUCACAGUCAUUUUGGGCUUGCUGAUCCACGCGUUUGUUGUUAUUCCAUUGCUUUGUGUGGUGCUAGCUCGCCGUAAUCCGAUAAAAUUUGUCGGUGGAAUGGCCCAGGCUCUGCUCACUGCCCUUGCAACAAGCUCCAGUUCUGCAACACUCCCCCUUUCCAUUAAAUGUUGCGAAGAAAACAACAAGGUUGACCCAAGAGUCACGCGAUUUGUAUUACCGUUGGGAGCCACCAUUAACAUGGACGGAACUGCCCUUUACGAAGCUGUCGCUGCCAUCUACAUUUCUCAGUGCUACGGAAAUGAUUUAUCUCUGGGAGAAGUUGUGCUGGUGUCUUUGACAGCUACACUUGCCAGUAUCGGAGCUGCCGGAAUUCCACAAGCUGGAAUUGUCACAAUGAUCAUGGUUCUAAUUGCGAUUGGACUGCCAACCAACCUCUUCAUUCUCAUCUUCCCAGUCGAUUUCAUGCUAGACAGACUUCGAACAACUGUGAAUGUACAUGGAGACAGUAUUGCUACAGCAGUAAUUGAAAGACUCUGUGAAGAUCAGUUACAAAAAGGAGGUCAUCACCUUGAUACAAAUGAUCAAGGAUACAGCAUGCUCUCCACAAAUGCAUCUCCGGAUCCAAAACGAAUCACUAUCGGAAACAAUUGCGAAAACUCUCAUAUGCUGUAAAUUGAUUCCAUAGCUCGUGUUUUGAUCUUUUUUGAGCUAUACAGUUUGUUAACGUAUGAUGAGAAAUUGGGAGUAAUGUAAAAGGGGUCUAUCACUUUUUCGAUUUUGGGUUUUAUGUUCUCUUCAGACAUGUUAAGUAUGUAAAAGAAAGUACGAAAAUGUAUACAAUGGUGAUAAUAUGUAAAAUUAAUAAAAAAGAAAUUGAUUCUUAAAAAAUGAUUUGUUAUAAUCAUGGGUGAACAUUUUUUUUUCAAGAAAUCUUAAUAAUCUCCUAAAUUUCGGUAUUUAAAAUGUUACCUCAAAAAUAUUUUUCAUGUGGCUAAUACACUUUUUAGGGGAACUUCAAAUUCAGCUUAGACAUUUAAAAAAUAAUUUUAGAGGUUUAAAAAUCUUCUUGUGAGCCCAUUUUCUUUGUUUUUUUCCAUUUUCCUGGUUUUGUAGUCAGGAAAUGUCAUGAUAUUAGCUGAAAAAACAUAAGUGAAACUUCUAAAAUUCAGUAUUUCAAAUGUCAAAGACGAAUUCUAAGUUCCCUCAAAAUGUACUAAUCAGAUGAAACGCAUUGUACGAUUAACGUUUACACAUUGAAAAUCGAUUUUUUGAGUUUGUUUUUUGAAAUGAAAAUCUUUUGGUUGUAAUGAACUUGUUUACCUGUUUUACCCGAAUAUUUUUCGAUUUUUUUUUUGAAUUUUUUGUACUUUUUCACAACAUUCUAAAAACUAUAAAUCCACAAAUGAAAGACCAUUCUGAGUGAUAUCUGUGUCUCCAAAUUAGUAAUUUCAUCACUAGGUACAUUUUUGAAUACACUAUCUGUAAACGAAAGCUUUCAAUUUUUUUCAUUCUUAAAACAAAACAAUUCCCAAUUUCUCAUCAACUUCUAUCCCAAUUAUUGAAAAUUUAUGCUCGUUAGUCUUUGUAUCCCAAUUGAUUAUUUCUUCUCACUUCAAAAUUCUAUUUUUCUGUUGUCAUUUUAUUGUACAUUUCUCGAUUUCCUGGUGUAAACUUUGUUGCUUCUCGGUUGUAAUUCUCUACUGAAACCCAGUUCCUCACUGUUCUCGCCCCGUUGCUUUCAUUUCUCACUUUGCGAAAAAAAAACAUAAGCAAAUACUAUGAGGCCUAUUUGUCAGACUUUCCAGAUGUUCUUCCCAACCAUAACUACUCCCCAAACUCUAAAAAUUCCCCAGGUCGUUUUCAAAAUUGGCCCCAGAUGUGUGUCUCGUAUCUGUUUUGCUUAUUCAAAUCUAACCAAUAACUUUUAUUUUUGAAUUUGAUAACUUGAUUUUGAAUUUGAUAAUGUGUAUAAUUUUUAUCAUAGAAUGUUUUCAAAUGCCUCUCUGAUUAGUUUGUUACACACAUCAAACUGUGGCGUGUCAUGCCGAUUUUCUCUCCUACCACAAAAAACUUUGCCCCAGAAAUUCAUCAACUUUGCUGUUGUAAGCAAAUUUUUUCUCACCGCUUUCAAACGAUUAUUUUUCUCAUUAGCUAGAUCCCAAUUUCUCAUAUUUUUCCAAUUCCGUCUUAGUCCUUUCCUUUUUCAAUUUAUAUUAUUCAUAUAUAUUUUUUCCGUUGACUCGACUUAUUCAAACUUUAAUAAUAAAUAUUAUAAUCAAA